AUGGCGCUGCCACGGCGCCGCCUGCGGGCCCUUGGCCAGCACAUAUCCGCUGCCCAGUGCGCCGCCCAGGAGCCGCCGUUCGGCCGCCUCCUCGUCGCCAAUCGCGGCGAGAUUGCCUGCCGCAUCCACCGGGCUGCGAAGGCACUGGGAAUCGAGACGGUGGGCGUGUACACGCAGGAGGACGCCGAGUCCCUCCAUCGGCACACCGUCGACAGGGCUGUCGCGCUGCCGGCGGGGGCCACCCCCGUGGCCCCGUACCUCGACGCGGAGGCCAUCGCCGAGCUGGCCGUCCGGGAGGGCUGCACCGCGGUGCAUCCUGGGUACGGCUUCCUCUCCGAGAACGAGCACUUCGCCGGCCUCUGCGGGGAGAGGGGCGUCGCCUUCGUUGGGCCGAGGCCCGAGACGAUCGCGCUCUUCGGGGACAAGACCAGGGCCAAGGAGCGCGCGGUGGCCGCCGGGCUGCCGGUCCUCGAGAGCAGCCCCGGCUGCAGCUCGGCGGAGGAGGCGCAGGCCUUCCUGAAGCAGCGCCCGAUGCGGUUCCCGCUGCUGCUCAAGGCGUCCUACGGCGGCGGGGGGCGCGGGCAGGCCGUGGUGGAGGCGCCGGAGGCGUUCGCGGAGGCCUUCGACCGCUGCAGCCAGGAGGCGACGAUGAGCUUCGGGCGCGGCGAGGUCUUCGUCGAGAGGUUCCUCGCGAGGGCGCGCCACAUAGAGGUCCAGAUCCUCGGAGACGGCUCGCGCUGCGUCCAUGUCUUCGAGCGCGACUGCUCAGUGCAGCUGCGGAAGCAGAAGGUUGUGGAGAUCGCCCCCGCGCAGGGCAUCGCCCCGCGGUUGCGCGAGCGGAUCUGCUCGGCGGCCGUGCGCCUGUGCGAGUCCGUGGGCUACCUGAACGCUGGCACCGUGGAAUUCCUCGUCGAGGGCGAGCUGACGGACCCAGAGGCCGGGUUCUACUUUUUGGAGUUGAACCCUCGCAUCCAGGUGGAGCACACCAUCACGGAGGAGGUGGCCGGGCUGGACCUGGUACAGCUGCAGCUCCGUGUAGCCGCCGGAAGGUCUCUCGGCGACCUGGGCAUCCGACAGGAGCUGCUGCGGAUCGACGGGGUCGCCAUCCAGGUGCGGGUGGGCUUGCUGCCAGGCGGCGGCGGCCGGGUGGCCGAGUACCGCGAGCCCGGAGGCGUGCGCGUCGACAGCUCGGUGGCCUCCGGCACGGAGGCGGUCACGGCGUACGACCCGAUGAUCGCCAAGCUCAUCGUGCGCGGGGCCGACCACGCGGAGGCGCUGGGCCGCGCCCGCAAGGCCGUCGAGGACUUUGUGGUCGACGGCCUCAAGGUGAACAAAGAGUUCCUGGACCGGGUCCUUGCGCACCCAGACGUUGGACGUGGUGGGGUGCACACCACGUGGGUUGAGGACCUCAAGCUCCACCUGUCGGCUCCCAAGGCCUCCAGCGCAGGCGGCGGCGCGGGCACGGUCUUCUCGCUGGAGGCGCCCUUCUCGGGCCAGGUAACCGAGAUCAAGGUGCGCGCGGGUGACGUGCUGGCCGCUGGCGACGUCGUGGUCGUGCUGUCCGCGAUGAAGAUGCUGAACGACAUCGUGGCGGACAGGCCCGCCAAGGUGCUUGAGGUGCUGGUCCAGAAGGACGUGCAGGUGAGCGAGGGCGUCGCGCUCGUUAAGCUGGAGGCCACUGGCGACGCCCCGGCCGAGGAGGCGCUGCCGGCGCUGCCCCGCUCCGAGCGCCGCGCCGCCGGGCCAGCGGGCGGGGGCGUCUCGAGCGCAUGGCCACUCCUUGCGCCCGGUUGGCAGGAGGACGCGGCCUACAGGCAGCGGGUGGAGGUCAACACGGCCCUCUGCGGCGAGCUGCAGCGGCGUCUCGCCGUCGUGUCCGCUGGCGGCCCGGAGAAGGACGCGCGGGGUCGCAGAAGAGGGGCCCCAGAGGAGCCCUGA